AUGGCAUUUCUGAUAUAUUAUAGUGCACGCCACGCUGAACGCGAGACCCGUUUACGCGACAAGGCUAGCAGCAGCAUGAAACAGCAAGUUCAGGAAAUGUGUCCUUUUUGGUUGGAUGCCUUGUCUCCCGGUCUGGUCUACUAUGGUGGGGAUCGCGUUCGACUCUCGGCAAUCGACUCUCGGCAAUCGACUCUCGGCAAUCGACUCUCAACAUCGACUCUCGGCAAUCGACUCUCAACAUCGACUCUCGGCAAUCGACUCUCGGCAAUCGACUCUCGGCAAUCGACUCUCAACAUCGACUCUCAAGGCUAG